UGUCAAACCUGCAUUGACUUACGUGUGGCUUUACCUGUUUACUCGCACUGAUACACUACGGUAAACCCGAAAUGCCAGAUUUAUUCGUGGGACAAAAGCGUCUUCAAGUGAAUGACUGAUUAAGAAAUUGCCUGGCUAACGUUAGCUGGCUUGCUAGCUGCUGCUUGUGUUAUCCAUGAUGAGCUUGCUUUGAUUUGCAGUGUACAGCCGUUCAUAAUGAAUAGGAAUGUAUUCGGCUUUGAAACCAUAACUACUUUUAUUAUAGAUUUUGACAUUAUAUGCAACAUUGACUGACGGAAAUGGCGCGUUAUAAUAAUGUUAACCGAUAGAUUACAAGCGAACGUUUAUAUCAAUGUUAGAUAAGCUAGCUAAAUGGGUAUUUGUAUUACCAGCAAAAAAAAAAAAAAUGUCAAGACAGACUCCAGAAGUAGAAUGGUAGCUUUUUUCUCAUGUUAUUUGUAAAAUACAGGCAAUAUGAUUGGCUCACCUGAUUUGGUGGCAUUUACCAAAGAUGACGAUUUUGGGGAAACAGAUGUGGACCCCUGCUUACUCCCAGAUGAGUUUUCAGUGCCUCUAUUCACACACGCUGGAAAUUCCAACCCUUGGUCAAAGACUUCCUAUGCUAAAUUUGCCCGGGAUUUUAUUCUCAUAUCUGAGUUUUCAGAACAAGUUGGUCCACAGCCCUUACUCACCAUCCCAGAUGAAUCCAAAGUGUGCGGAACGUUUGAUCUGAACUAUUUCUCUCUCCGGAUCAUGUCUGUGGAUUACCAGGCCUCUUUUGUCGGACACCCUCCGGGGUGCAACUACCCAAAACUCAAUUUUGUGGAGGACUCAAAAGUUGUGCUUGGCGAUUCGAAAGAAGGGGCAUUUGCGUACGUCCAUCACCUCACCCUCUAUGACCUGGAGGCCCGUGGUUUUGUUCGGCCUUUUUGCAUGGCUUACAUUUCAGCUGACGAGAGCAAAAUUAUGCAGCAAUUUCAACAGCUCUCCACUGAGUUCUCCAAGGCCUCGGAGUGGUUGAAAACAGGAAAUCGGAAAGCAUUUGCAAGUGAGCUGAUCAAGAAACUGAAGGACCUUGAAUACACCAGAACUGUGUUGCACAAGGAGACUGAGCUGCAGAAGAAGAACAGUGGCUGCUACUCAACACAGGUGAUUGAUAAAGCCAACGAGCUGGCAAAUGUUGAAAAAUCCAUAUAUGAACACAAAGAUCUUUUGAGGCAGAUCACAUCCUAUCCAAGCAGGAAGAGGAUAGACUGUGAGUUUCCUCAGGAGUCAGACGACCCUGCCACCUCAGCCGAAAUGGACAAGAAAGCCACCCCCACAGAAUGUUCCCCCGAGGUUUCUCCAGAGGCCAUUACUGGCAAACGCAGACCCUCUUAUACCCCUCAGCUUAUAAAAGGAAAGUCUGCCAAGUGCUUCGAUAAGAGGCUGAAAACGCUCGAGGAGCUCUGCGAUUCAUACUUCUUCCACCAGACAAUGGAACAGCUGAGACUAAUAGAGAGUGCAUUCCGGGGAGACCUGUGUCACAUUUACACCAAUCAGAUUAGCCAGGCCUUGCUGAAGAAGCAGAAAAUCACAAACUUCCUCUAUGAAGUGUACAACGAUUGGGAGGAUGAGGCCGUUUCAAAACCGUCCUUUGCGGGGAAUCUGCCUCCUCCCACCCCUCUCCUGUUGGGGGCACCGCAGAGCCCAGAGGCUGUGCACGCUGACCUGGACGCAGAGACUAGUGUGGAAAAACCUCAGGAAGCGGAGUUGACCGAGUCCAGCCCCAGUGACCUCACCCAGGAGAAUUCUGACGAAGGCACUGAUGCGGAGAUGAAGGUGAGCAGUGGGAGCAGUGGCGAGAGUGUGGAUGCAGCCGGUCCUGAGAGACCUGAGAAACACUCUGAAGCUGAAGCAGUCCCUCAGGCGUUCUGUCCCGACGUUGUCGAGGGCAAUGCAGCGGGCACGGUGGAUGAUGGGGAGGACAACGAUGAGCGGGUAAGCGCCACCGAUUCACCUUCGCCUGAGCAUAACCGAGCAUCUUACCAAAGUGCCAUUCAUGAGCAGGAACCUUCUGUGAAGGUCGACGGUGACAUGGGCGGUGACGAACCGAAAUCCCCUGGCCUUACACAGGACCUGGACUUGACUGGUGACAGUGUUUUACAAGCGAGCACAAUGGUCCAAGCAGAUGCCUCAUGCUGCAUGGGGCAGGAGAAGCUCCAGUACGAAGAGCCUUCCCCUGAGCUGGCAGAGAAUGGCUUUCCUGAUAGAGUCGUCAAGCGGGAACCCCAGUCUUGCCUGCAGGGGGACCUCACUCUCGGUAAGGCAGUGACCGCUGAAGACUCCCCGGCUGUGCCUAACGCACUGAACUCUGACGGCCUCUCGGAUGACAUGUUCAGGAUGAAUCUGGACGACCUCUCUGACGCUACCAGCUUCAUGAGCGCCUCUACUAAUUCCGACAGGUUGUCGUCUCCCUGUCACUAUAGCAACCCUGUUACUUUGAAACAAAAGAAAAGGGCUGGACAGAAUGCUCUGAGGUUCAUAAGACAAUACCCAUUUUCCCAGCAAGCUAUAUUCUGUGUCCUGACCGGAAGGACCCUGGUGGUCCUGGGAGCUGAUGAAAGGACCGUGAGAAAGCUGGUAAACGCCUUAUCUAUCUUUGUUCCCAAUCUCGGCAAAUAUGGUGAAACGGUCCAACCUUGGCUUUCCUGUCCUUUCCAACUGACCGAUCUGCAGAACUGGAAGAUCAUUGGCCUUCACAGGAUGGCUUCUCCCACUGGUUCCAGCAUGCUCCACUCGCUGAACCGCUACGCCCGCUACAUUGGCGUGCUGGAUGCCGACCAAAAGACGCUCCGCUGCCCGCCUUACAGGGGCUCCCUGAUUGGCAACAUGGCAAACCACCGGACUCAGAUCAAGCGCGGGAGCACGUACUUCAUGCAUGUGCAGUGCAUGCUGACUCAACUCUAUUCCAAGGCUUUUCUCUACACUUUCUGCCACCACCUCCACCUUCCCAUAAGCCUCAGCGAGGACCAAGAAACUGUGGCUUCCCGCAGGUCCAGCUUUCUGCACCAGCAAUUGGGCUACAACGAGGAGGACAGCAAGAUGAUCCAGUUCCUCUCAGAGCUGAUAAAACAGUCCUACCUUCAGGGGCCUGGCAGAAUGGUCCACCCACCGGGAUUUUGCUUCAGCUACAUUCCCAGCUUCGUGCACAAAAUUUAGGCUGGAAUGCUUCACACACUGGAUUGUAAUUUAAAUUUUGUUGUAAGGAUUUGUUGUGGACUUACCCUGGCGAAAAAUGGGAGACCAAGUUAUUUUCAUUAUUCACCCGUGGUAAGCAUUGCAAUGCAGCCAAUAAGUUCGGAAUUCCUAAUUUGUGGAUUUGGAGUGGUAGUUGGGGAUGGAUGUUUGUCAUUGCUAUGUAAACGUUAUAUGUAAUUGGGUCUGAAAAUAUACACAAAACUAAAUGAUAGGCAGAAGAAAAGUGACAGAAUCUCAAGUCUAGGAUUAAUUAUUUAAAAGUGUCCAGCACAUUUUCUGUCUACGCAAAUGUCAAUAAAAAAACAAUUUAUAUUAAUCGGAUAGUGGCAAUGUGUUGCAGUGCAUUGUGGACUCCGUAGGAGCGGAAAAUAGGACCAAAAGCACAACGAUGGAAGUUUUGUAAUCUAAAUCUACAUAUACUCUAUAUAAACAUAUGUAACGUUAUGGUGUACUUACUGCCCACUGGCAUAUGUUAGCGGAGCUUGAACUUUGUGUGUGACCAACUUAAUACUGCCAUCUACAAUUUUAAACCAGCAGCCAUGCUUUUUGAAUCUGUCAUGUAAAGAAAAUAUGGUUGUAGUUUAGAGUGAACUAAAAAAGCAAAAAAUAUCUGCUUCAAGUCUGUUCUGUUCAUCAUUAUGAUUUAAAGGACGUGUUUCUAACAUACACUUGUCUUCACUGCAAAAUCUUAAGUACAAUGUAAGAACAGAAAAUGGUCAGGAUAUUCAUCUCUUCAAUCCCAAUCAUGUUUUUACUGACCAUUCUAUCAACCCUUAAUCUAUGCACAACUACAUGCAAUCUUUUACAGUUUAUCUUGUAAAUGCAAUAUUUUUAAAGAAAUGGCACCACUUUAAAAGUAUCUUUCAUGGCACCACUUUAAAAGUACAAUUCAGUUAUCCUAGUAUCCUUUUUCCAUUUCAGAGAAUAUCAAAACACAAUGAUUGUAUAUUGCCCAAUGUGGAGCUUUGACUGACUGUUUGGCAUGCCUGUGUGUUUUACAUCCAUCCCUUGGUACAGUCAGGAAACUCCCUGUUGCCAAAGUGUUUUUUUCCCCUCCCAUUUAUAUAAGCAACUUAAAAGUAAUCAGGUUCUGUCACCUUCGCUUCAGAUUAAAGUUCAGGGCCCUUGAAUGUUAUGCAUGCUACAAAUGGUGUAAUGUAUAGCUUUGCUUCAAAAUGUCAGUUUUCAUGUUUACAUGCACACUUAAGCACCCUUCCUGUCCACGGCUCGAUUGUAAAGGGCCAGUGUUGUAGAUCAUGUUCAGUAAAAAUAUUUAGGUGUUAACGAUAUUGCUGCUGUCUGUUUGUGAAAGUGCGUCAGUGUAUGUAGCUGUAGGUUUUUAGUGGCAGAUCAUUGCGUUUUGUUUGUCGACUGUCCCAGUAUAAGCUUAUUGAUCUAGCCUUGCUUUAGUACGUUUCCAUAAAUCUAACGGCCAGUUUUAAAGAUGGAUGAUUGCAAUAAACGGCUGGUGAUUUUUUUUUUUCAUGGUAUACUGGGGAUUACUGCUGCGAGAACUCUGCUAAAUUAAACAUUUUGCUAUUCCACAGUAGUUGUAGCCAUUAAUUGUUGUUCGUCCUGUUGUGGAUGCGUCUACACUCGAACACAACGAUUGUCCCAACAUAAACCCAGCAGACCAUGAAGUUCCUUUCAGACCAGCCGAUUUCUCUCAUCUCCUUUCUGCUGAUGGCGUGCUCAGUCUACAGGCAUUGUGAUGACAUAACCAGUUCUGAAUGUAAUUUCGGAUAAGCCAUAUAUUGUAGUUCGUCCUUUUUUGACAGUAAUGUGUGGUAGGAAAGUGUGCCAUUUUACCCAUUGUGGUAAAACUGUGAAGCAUAUUUUCACAUUUAUUGGAAAUAUUACUUGACAAACCUCAUGUUACUCUAUCCUUGAUUAUGGGGAAUAAUGAAUCCUGAAUGUGGAACUUGACUCGGACUAAUUGCAGUUUUUAUUGUUUAGUUUUUUUUCAAUAAACAUGCCUGAGGCAAAUAUUUUGCCUCCAAAAACAUUACUCAAGAAAAAUGUUUUAAUUUACUGUUCUUUACACUCCCAUUCAUCAUUAUGUAAAGCAGCAAGCUGAUUUCUGCAAUCUCUGUACAGCAUGAAGUCCUGUUUUGCGUAGUCUGUGUGAAUGCAGUCACAAUUUGAUUUAGCGAUGUUUCAUAGGGAACAGGGUUGUUUUAAUCAUUUGAUCUUAAACUUUAGUAUGUAUGUGUUCUGCUGAAAAUGUUGUAAACGCUAGGUGGGGGGGAUCCGUAUUUUGAUCGUAUAAUAAAAUAAUUAAAACUG